GCGGAGAUGUCCGCGUCGGGGCUCAAGGCCGAGCUGAAGCUGCUGGCGUCCAUCUUCCACGGGGGCCACGAGCGCUUCCGCCUGGUCAGCUGGCGGCCGGACGAGCUGCACUGCCAGUUCCUGGGCGCGCCGCCCGCGCCGCCGCUCUCGCUGCACUGCAGCCUCUCGGAAUCUUACCCAUCUUCUUCGCCAAUAUGGUUUGUGGACUCUGAUGACCCAAAUCUUACAACAGUUCUAGAACGUCUAGAAGAUACUAAGAACAACAGUUCGCUUCGUCAGCAAUUGAAGUGGUUGAUAUGUGAACUCUGCAGAUUAUAUAACCUUCCUAAGCACCUGGAUGUUGAGAUGCUAGAUCAACCACUACCCACGGGCCAGAAUGGGGUAACAGAAGAAGUGACUUCAGAAGAAGAGGACGAGGAAGAGAUGGCUGAAGAUAUAGAAGACUUGGAUCACUAUGAGAUGAAGGAAGAAGAGCCUAUUAAUGGAAAAAAGUCAGAAGAUGAAGGAAUUGAAAAAGAAAAUUUGGCAAUAUUAGAGAAAAUUAGAAAGACUCAAAGGCAAGACCAUCUAAAUGGUGCAGUGUCUGGGUCUGUGCAAGCUUCAGAUAGACUUAUGAAAGAGCUCAGGGACAUAUACAGAUCACAGAGUUAUAAAACAGGAAUUUAUGCAGUGGAACUCGUAAAUGACAGUUUAUAUGACUGGCAUGUUAAACUGCAGAAGGUUGAUCCUGAUAGUCCUUUGCACAGUGAUCUUCAGAUCUUGAAAGAAAAAGAAGGCAUAGAAUACAUUUUGCUUAAUUUCUCUUUUAAGGAUAACUUUCCAUUUGAUCCUCCAUUUGUUCGAGUAUUGUUACCUGUUCUCUCUGGAGGGUACGUGUUGGGUGGUGGAGCAUUAUGUAUGGAACUUCUCACAAAACAGGGCUGGAGCAGUGCUUACUCGAUAGAAUCAGUCAUCAUGCAGAUCAAUGCCACCUUAGUCAAAGGCAAAGCCAGAGUGCAGUUUGGCGCAAAUAAGAAUCAAUAUAAUCUAGCAAGAGCCCAGCAAUCUUAUAAUUCCAUUGUACAGAUACAUGAGAAAAAUGGCUGGUAUACUCCUCCAAAGGAAGAUGGCUAAAUGUGUUAACUGAUGUAUGUUUGGACCAAUGUUGCUUUAAAGAAAUUCUUUCCAACAUGCAGACACAAGCUUUGAGUGCCCCUACAUUAGCAAUACCGAAGAUGUUAGCUAAUAGAAAUUUUAGUGGAUAAUUGCCCACUGACAUCCAGUAUAAGUUGCAGUCUUUUCAUUUUGCUCAUUUUAGGACUAUCUCGGACUGAGCAAUGGGGCCUUUACUGUAUUCUCCCUGACAAAGACAUAUACUGGCUACUCACUCCUUAUCAUCUGUCUUGAAAAGUGAGACCUGUGAAGCAGGCAAGUGAGCAUCAAGUUACUGCAACUUUAGGGUACCUUUUCUGUAUUGAGCUUAUGCAUUACGAGGACUUGCAAUGUAGUGUCCCAUUUAGAGCCAAUAAAAAUUUAAUUGAUGUUUAAUAUUGGUUUAGAAAAUUUAAGGUCUUCUAAAUCACAGUUAACUUUUUCAGGUUAAAAUCACUUUAUGAUAUUGUCAAAAUAAUGACAGGAAACCUACUCAUUAAACUUUUUUUAUGACUAUGAAAAUAUGGACUGUUUCCUGAAAAUAUGCUCUUAACUGAAUUGAAUACAUUUUGGGCAAAGCAAAGCAAGGCUAUGCCAAUUAAAGCGUGUAAUUAGUCAUUUCCACUGGGGCAUCAGAGUCUUGCUGGGCUGAGUCUGCUUCUUGUUGGUUCAAUAUUUCUUAUGAAAAAGAGCUGCAGUACAGAGCUUGAAAUUAUUUUAAAAACUAAGUCGUUUUAUGUACCCAUUUUAUUAUCGGGGUGUUGCAAUCAUUUGUAAACCAAUAAAACUCAUAAAAUGAUUGGCAUUGACUCAUUGGGAAAAAAAAUCUGCACCAUUAAGUCCAAAAAAAAAAAAAAUCUAAUUUGGAACUCUUAAAAAUUUUGCUAUAGUCUUAACAAUGGCUUUUACAUCAAAAGACUAAUAGGAAUUCCACUUACAUUAAUUAUUUUAUAAAAUCUGACUCAAAUCAGUGUGCUUUCCAUUUUAUUGCCUUACCUGAGUCAGUUCUGUCUGAUUGAUAAUAGACUUUUUAAUACACCCAGUUUAAAAGUAAACUCUAGUUAUUAAGCACUUUUAAAAAGAAAUCCAAAAGCACAUUUUUCUGCACAAACCAAUUAUAAAGUUCAAAAGUGUUUCUUACGCAUUUGUUUAAGAUUCAAUUUUUAACUUAUCACAUCUGAGAGACUUGUUGCUGCAUUAUUGUGUGUUUAAUUUCUUUUUAUUCUAUUUUGGCUAAGAGGACAAUAGAAAAGAUUUUCUGUCAUCCUUGUUCACUUGGUUUCAUUUGUGUAAAGUUCUGAUUGCCAGUUGCUCAGAGAACAAGUGACAAGGCAAAAAUCUUUAAAGCGUUAAAGUUCCUUAAACCUAAGGCUAAAUCUUGAAUACAUUAUUGAAUUCUUUAAUAUCCCGGUGGCUAGCAGAUAGAUAGCUACAAGUUUGGUAUGCCUUCUGUUUUUUGUUUUUUUUUUUUUUUCUGUAUUUCAGUGCAGAUUUAUUUGGCAAUGUACAGUAAAUUUUGUAAACUUGCAUCAAGUUUAUGAAUAAAGACCAUUU